AUGGGUGUGUUGCACCAUUGUGUGUGUGAGCGGCCUGCUGUAAGUAGUGACAUCAGCGCAACAAGCCACGUGGCUGCCUGGCACGAGCGGCAACACUGGCAUGACACACCACAUGGUGUCCUGCUGCAAGCAGCAGUAACAGCACAAUGUGCCACGUGGCAUCCAGCAGCAGAAGUUGGGCAACGGUGCAACAGUUUUCAGAGCAUGGGAGGCCUGGCUGCAGCAGUCCUAAGAUUGUCUGAAGGAGGUAGAGGAAGAAGACUAUUUGACACCAGAAAGUCAUCAGGAAUAAAGAUGGCUGCUUCAAAUCCACAGCAUGUGACAAUUCUCAAUCCUCCUCCUCCAAAUUACAUCAAUAUUGAAGGAACAGGCUGCUUAACCAACCAGCUUCAAUAUUUACAGAGAACGGUCAUGAAAGCGAUGUGGAGGCACAACUUUUCUUGGCCAUUUCAUCAGCCUGUAGAUGUUGAAGCCCUAAAACUUCCAGAUUAUUAUAAUAUUGUAAAAGAGCCCAUGGACUUGACCACAAUUCAGAAACGUCUGGAACAUCAAUACUACACAUGUGCUGCAGAAUGCAUUGAAAACUUCAAGACAAUGUUUGCAAACUGCUAUUUAUAUAAUAAGCCUAGUGAUGACAUUGUUUUCAUGGCCCAAGAACUGGAAAAAGUAUUUCUGCAGAAGGUUGCCCAGAUGCCCCCAGAGGAGAAAAUAGUGGUGACCAGUAAAGGGAAAAAGGGGGAAGGAAACACAGAUGAUGCUGAGCAAUCUGAUGCAAAAAAGUUACAAAUUCAGCAGACAAAAAAAUCCAAAAAAGUCAAGCAGUUCCAAAUGAAAACAGCAUCCACAGAACUGCACACCACAGAAUUUUCUCUUUCUUCAAGUAUCAGACCAUCAUGUGAAGCAGUUAACAAAGGUGUGAAAAGGAAAGCUGAUACCACUACAGCAACCAUCACUGCAAGCAGCGAAUCUUCUCCAGUGGUCCUUGAACCCAAAACAAUCAAGCUGUCCACUAGAGAAGAAUUCCUGUCUGAAGGACCCUUAUCAGAUUUGUGGCAGCCAACUGAACCCACAGAAAAUAUAGAGCUAAUAGAACCACUGGAAUACUGUAAUGAAAUUCUUAUAGAACUGAUGUCACACCAGCAUGCCGCCUAUGCUUGGCCAUUUUACAAGCCAGUAGAGAUCACUGCCUUGGACCCUGAAGAAUAUCCCAAUAUUAUGAAAUGUCCUAUGGAUCUUGGAACUAUUAAAAACAAACUGGACAAUUGUGAAUAUAAAGAUACACAAGAAUUUGCUGCUGAUAUUAGACUAAUGUUUAUGAACUACUAUAGAUGCCAUUCUCCAGAUCAUGAAAUCGUGUCGAUGGCAAGAAAACUUCAGGAUGUCUUUGAGAUGAUGUUUGCCAGAAUUCCAGAUGAACCACUUGCUGGUAGACAUCUGCUGCAUUCCACCACAAGGAGCCCCACUUCUGUAUCUAAUGAUAGCAGCUCUAACGUAUCAUCUGAUGAAAGCUCUGAAAAAGAACAAGCGAAACGCUUUGAAGAGCUCCAAGAACAACUUAAAGCUGUUCACCAGCAAUUGCAAGCUUUGGCUAAAACAUCUGUGCCCAAAUUAAAAAAGAAGAAAGGAAAAUCUAAGAAAGAAAAAAGAAAAAACAAAGCAAAAAUCAACCCUGCGAUUCAGAAAAGCAGAAAAAUGAAGCAGCUGAAGAAAAAAAUGUCUUUGUAAGGCUGCUUGCAUUCCAAGAAAAGCCAGCAGCAAGAAGAACUUGCAGGAUUCAAGAGUGAGGAUGAGGAUACUGCCAAGCCAAUGACUUAUGAUGAAAAGAGGCAAUUAAGCCUGAACAUAAAUAAACUCCCAGGGGACAAGCUUGGCAGAGUUGUCUAUAUUAUUCAGUCAAGAGAGCCAUCAUUGAGGGAUUCAAAUCUUGAAGAAAUUGAAAUAGACUUUGAAUCUCUCAAAGCAUCAACUUUACGGGCACUGGAGAAAUAUGUCAUGACUUCCUUGAGAAAAAGGCCCAAGAAACAUUACGCAAAAAAGCCCAAAGACCAAUUUACUUUAGAGAAGCCACAAAGUCAGAGGAUGCUGAAUGUCAGCGGCCUGCUCUGCUCAGCCAAGCAAAAUGCAACAUGUAUAAUAGCCGUUGUGUCACCCCUGCACUGCACGCCAGUUCACGAGACAACUCAGAGUGAUGCAAUGGCAACCCAGGCUUCUCACAACUCUUCUUACACGCUUUCAGAGGUACCUUGUUCUUCCUCUUCAAAUAACCCUUCGGACAACAGGAAAGAUGUUCGGAAACCAUCAUUAUUGCAUCAGCGACUGCCAUCUGCUGUCCAGAUUAAAUCCUCUGUGGGAGUUACCAAAGUAACACCAACUGACCAGGAGCAAAAACUGAAGGCUAGUUUCCCAGAUGGCCAUUGGCGACCACAGAUGACAGAAUCCGCACGUGCGACUGUUACAGAAAACUGUUCUGUUAACCGUGAGGAUAAAAAAAAGAGAGAUGCUAAGCCUCAGACUCCUCUAAUAAAGGAUAUAAAAGUCAAACAUGCAGAUUCUUGGACAAGUUUAGGUAAGAUGGUGAAUGUUCCAGUCUCGGUCAAAUCCUCUAACGAAAGCUUCAGACAGUUUCAAAAAGCUGCGCUGGAAAAAGGAGAAAGUGAGUGGGCCAAGGAACGAAAAAGACGAUUGGAACAAGCAGAGAGGAAGUCGAAAAAACAUCCUCAGGAAAAAGAGAGAAACAGUAGAGAAAUGGGUUUGAAAUCCACAGCAGUAAAAGAUAGCUGUCCCAUUCCAAAUAAAGGAUCUGGAAGAGAGCAAUCACACUCAGCACCAAAUCUUGUCAUAGAUCGUAAUUUGGCAAGAAAACUGGAGCAAGAGCGUAGAAGAAGAGAAGCGCAUUUCUCCUACUUUCCAGGAAAGAAAUAUAUCCACUAA